UCUACUCCUGUAAAGUUUGAAGGAGCUUAUGCUGACUAAAUCCACGAGACCCAAAGGUGUGGCAGGUCCUCCUGUCACCUCUUUCUUUUGCCCUACAAUGAGUCUCCAGGAACCAGCUUUGCUUCUCUUCCAGAGCAGCCGAUCCCAAAAUCCCAGGAAAGACCCGGUGUACCCUCCUUCUGCCUGCAGUGGAAACUGAAGUGCCAUUGGGAUCCUGUCUUUCUCGGGCUGGCGGGGAAGGAGGUGUUGGGCAGAUGUGGCAGCCCCUGGUGUCCUUUGACGAGGUGGCCUUGUAUUUCACAGAAAGGGAGUGGGAUCUACUGGAUCCCAGCCAGCAAGCUCUCUAUAAGGAUGUCAUGCUGGAGACUUAUAGCUACGUGGCCUCUGGAGAUAUCCCCAAACCUGAGCUCAUUUCUCGACUGGAAGAAGGAAGCGAUCUGCUUGUUCAAGAUGCCAGAGAAGGAGAUCCGUGGAGAGGUGAGGAACAAGGCAGUGACCGUCAUUGGGAGCUGACCCUCUUGUCAUUAGAAACAGCCAGACAUCAGAGAGGAAAAGGGACGUGUGAAAGUCUAGCGGACAUCAAAAACCAAGAGAGCACCCAAUCAAAGAAAGGGAAGAAGAAAUGCUGUAUUUCUCGUGGAGUUGACAUCCCGAAACAUCUAAUCUCCAGAGAUGUGAUGGGAAACAGAAAGAGAAACUACUCAAUGAGUGAAAAAAUGGAGAAACCUAAAUCGAAAUUAAGUACCCAAAGCGGGAUAAAUGCAAAAGAAAAUCCACACGAAUGUAUAGAAUGUGGAAAGAGCUUCCGUAAUAGUCAGACGCUCGCUAAACAUGAGAGGAUCCACACAAGGGGGAACCCUUAUCAGUGCCUGGAGUGUGGAAAGAGCUUCAGGUGGAAUUCACACCUGCUUUUUCAUUAUCGGAGUCAUACCCGGGAGAAACCCUAUCCAUGUGCAGAAUGUGAACAGAGCUUCCGGGUCAAAAGUCACCUCACCUUGCAUCAAAGAACUCACACAGGGGAGAAACCCUACAGAUGCAGCUGGUGUGGAAAGCGAUUCAGCUGUAGUAGCAGCCUGACUAUCCAUGAACGCACGCACACGGGGGAAAAGCCCUAUAAAUGCCUGAAGUGUGGGAAGACCUUUGUCUUGAGUUCUCUCCUCAUUGUACAUCAAAGGAGUCACACGGGGGAGAAACCGUAUAAAUGUCUGGAGUGCGGAAAGAGCUUCAGUCAUAGGAACACCCUCACCACACACGAACGAACCCACCGAGGGGAGAAGCCCUAUAAAUGUAUGGAAUGUGGAAAGGCCUUUGUGCGAAGUUCACUCCUUAUUCUGCAUGAAAGGAGCCACACAGGAGAGAAGCCAUACAAAUGCAUGGACUGUGGGAAGAACUUCAGCCGUAGGAAUAGCGUUACUAUCCAUAAAAGAAUCCACACAGGGGAGAAACCUUAUAAGUGCACAAGGUGCGGCAUGAGGUUCAGCCAGAGUGCGCACCUUACUCAACAUCAGAAAAGCCACACAGGAGAGAAACCGUAUAAAUGUAAGGUGUGUGGAAAGAGCUUCAGCGUGAAUGGAUCCCUUACUUCCCAUCAGAGGACUCACACGGGGGAAAAACCGUAUAAAUGCGGCGCAUGUGGGAAGAGCUUCAAUUGUAAGAGUAACCUUACCUUACACGAAAGAACACACCUGGGGGAGAAGCCGUACACGUGUCUGCAGUGUGGGAAGAGCUUUGUCAAGAGUUCAGUCCUUAUCGUUCAUCAGAGAACCCACACAGGGGAGAAACCGUAUAAAUGUAUGGAAUGUGGGAAAAGUUUCAGUGUGAAUGGGUCACUUACUUCCCAUCAGAGGACUCACACAGGGGAGAAGCCACAUAAAUGUAGUGAGUGCGGAAAGAGCUUUGGCCGAAAAGGUAGCCUUACCAUACACGAAAGGACACAUACGGGGGAGAAACCCUAUGAAUGUACUGAGUGCGGAAAGAGCUUCGUGAAGAGUGCAGUCCUUACUGUACAUCGAAGGACUCACACGGAGAAACCAUUGAAAUGCGUGGAGUGUGGGAAGAGUUUCGGUCAGCGUGGGAAACUUGCAACGCAUGAAAAAGCCCACAGCAGGGAUUAAUCAUCAUCAUGCCUGCAACAUGGAAAGAAGCGUCACAGGCCACAUCUUUUCCCUUCUAAGACUAUAGAAAUGCAGAGACUACCAAGAGAGCUUCUACCAGAUAGAUACCCUUCUUUUUCUUCAAAGAACUCCCCUGGGAGUAAAUCAUUAAAAUACAGGGCAACAGUCAGUAGCUUUCUUCGCCAUGUGUGAACUCAUUACCGGCACAAACUGUUUUAAGGCGUCAGAGGAAACUGACUUGGCUGGGUUCACACAAGAAGAUAAACCAUGGUUAACUAGGCAGCAUUCAGACUUGGUUAAGGUUUUUAGAUCUGGCCUGCAAAAAUGCAGACAGCCACUAGGUGGCUAAAUGAGUUAGUUUUUUGAGUAUCUGCUGCCACCUAGUGGGCAUUGCAGCCUGGAUAAAUUAAAACCAGCAUGCCACGCAGGGAUGUUGUUGUUGUUUAUUCGUUUAGUCGCUUCCGACUCUUCGUGACUUCAU